AUGGCUAAGACAAAAACCAGUACCACCAAUCAGCUAUCUUAUUAUUUUCCAUGUAAGAAAGAUGUCGAGGCCCCACAUCAAAGCACAAGCAAGAAACCAGAGGAGAGGGAACAAUGGGGGAACAAGGCCGAGUUUGUCCUGUCCUGCAUCGGGCUGUCUGUUGGUCUGGGCAACGUUUGGAGGUUCCCGUACCUGGCCUAUCAGAACGGGGGAGCCGCCUUCCUGAUCGCCUACAUCAUCCUACAACUUCUGAUCGGCAAACCCAUGUACUUCAUGGAGCUGGUGAUGGGACAGUACUCGGGCAGGGGGCCCACCAAAGUCUGGGAGAUGAACCCUUGUGCUAAAGGUGUCGGUAUAUCCAUGUGUCUGAUAUCCCUCAUCGUCGCCAUCUACUACAACAUCAUCAUGGCCUACACGUUGUAUUUUUUCUUCGCGUCAAUGCAGGAGACGCUGCCCUGGUCAGUCUGUACUGAGGAGUGGAAACGAGAGUACAACUGUAUAUCUAGUUAUGAGCCUCGUUUGAAAAGUUGCACGAGCAACAUGACAACCAAUCAAAUGAUGGGGCGGUGCCUGUGUACCAACGACACGCUCACUGACGUCACCGCCAUGCCAGCGAACAUGACCAAGGAGGUUAUCCAGAAGUCCGAGGGCGUUGACCCCAUGUUCAUGGGCUCCCCACUCUGGAAGAUUGUCCUCUGUCUCAUCCUCUCCUGGAUCAUCGUCGUCGUCUGCUUGAUUAAAGGAAUCAAAAGUUCAGGCAAGGUGGUCUACUUUACCGCCACCUUCCCCUACGUCAUUCUGCUCAUCCUACUUGUCCGUGGUGCUCUUCUAGAAGGUGCGGGUGAUGGUGCUGCAUUUUUCAUAGUCCCAGAAUGGGUAAAGCUCCAAGAUAUACAGGUAUGGGUGGCCGCCGCUGGUCAGAUGUUCUUCUCCCUGGGCGUGUCCUUUGGUGGUAUCAUCAUGUUUGGUAGCUACAACAAGUUCAACAACAUGGUCUACUAUGACUCGCUGAUCAUUAGCGUCAUGGACCUGCUAACCAGCGUCAUAGCGGGCUUUGUCGUCUUCACGACAUUUGGAGGCAUGGCCAAGCUGGUGGGCAAAAAAGUUUCAGAAGUCGCUUCAGGGGGUUACGGGAUGGCGUUUGUUGUGUACCCUGAAGCUCUAAUCAACAUGCCCCCCUCUCAGCUGUGGUCUGUUUUGUUUUUCUUCAUGCUCUACAUGCUAGGACUAGACUCAGAGUUUGCCCUGAUCGAAACCCUCAUCACGUGCACGAUAGACGAGUUCCCUAAGAGCCGGAAGUACAAGAGGUACAUGUGCAUUGGCUGGGCUGUCACGUGCUUCCUGUUGGCCCUCCCCUGUACCUGCCCUGGUGGAGAUUAUGUCGUGAGCAUCAUGGAUCAUUACGGCGCUGAUUUCUCCGUUCUGUUUGUGGCCUUUUGUGAGGUGGUGUCGGUCAUGUGGGUUUAUGGUGUGAUGCGGUUCUUCAACGACAUCAAGUACAUGCUGGGUGCUAGACCCCACGUCUGGCCGUACUGGAUCUUCUGUUGGUCUUUCUCUACCCCCGUUCUUAUCAUGGCCUUGUUCCUCUACCGUAUGGUGCAGUACAAGCCACUCACCUACUCUGAUGGGACACCGUUUCCAGAGUUCGCCCAAGCCGUCGGCUGGACUCUGCUGAGUGUAGUCUUGUGUCCCCUCCCUCUGUGGUUCUUCUGGAAGUGUUGGUCUACCUGCAGGAAUCCUGAAGUCACGAGUCUAAGACAGUGGACCAAAGCCAUGUUCACACCUACAGAUGAAUGGCACCCUAACGACAAAAAGGAUCACAGCACGUCCAAGGGUCCGAAAGACAAUGCUAUUUUUAGCAUCGACCCUGACUUUUCCCUCUGCCGGCUAGACGACCAUGCUAAGGGUUACGACAACCUUGGGUUUAUAGAUGAAAAAUUGUAA